AUGUAUUUCUUCCCACCUACCAUGUAUCCUGAUGGAUCAUUCAGCUCUCAUCUAGCCGUUCAUCCUCCACCUCAUCCAUGUUCUGGAGGACUCCCUUUUUCCGGACAAGCAUCCAUUCAUCCCGAUAAUCCUUCCCAAUCAUAUCAUCCUGUAUAUAGUCCACCUCGAGCCGAAUCUUCACUCGAAUCUCGUCCAGUCUCAGCACCGAUAUCAGCAUCAGCACCAGCACCAGGGCCGCCGCCAGCACCAGCACCAGCACCAGCAUCCGACGUGAUUCCGAUAUCUCAUUCUCAUCAACAAGGACUCCCACUCCUCAUACCAAACGCACGUGAAGGAAGCGAGAGGGAAGGACAGGGAGAAAUACCAUAUUCAUAUAUAGCUUCGCAUUCGCCCCCGAGAUACCUCUCAUCCUCUCCCCCUAUAUACAAAGCAUUACCUUCUCCAAGUGAGGGGACUCUGCUCUUAGCACCUCCACCUAAUUUCUACGCUUCAACAUGUCCGUUGACUCAUGCUCAUGCUCAUUCUCAUUCUCAUUCUCAUUCUCAUUCUUUGAGUGAACUACCCACACAUUCCUGUCCGCAUUGUUUCACUCUUCACCAUCAUCAAUCGGACACGCGCUUGAACGAAUUAGUAGGUAAUGGUAACGAUUGGGUAAUCACUCUUUUGAUUCUAUUGAAUUUCCUCGUAUGGGGAGCCGUAGGAUAUGGAUAUUGGUGUGAAUACACUCAAGGAACAAGGUGGGAUGGAUUGGGUGAUAUAGGUAGAAUCGGCUGGUGGAGAUUCUGUGAUAGCGAAGAAUGUCAUUGGGCUUUUGUAGAUUAUUAG